AUGAACUACCAGUGGUUAUAUACCCCGGUGACGGUCCACUCCCGUUCAAAUCCGUAUGCCAGCUCGAAGGUGGCACCCGCUGACCGUGCAUAUGAAAAUGCCACUUCAGGGAUAUAUCUUAUUCUAGCUGAUACGGCGCUCAGAUCGGUUUUAACUGAAGUUGUGGUUACAAUAUACAGUAUAGCUGAUUCUAGUAUUGCUAACUACGAUUUUAAAAUGACCUGCCUGGGCUUAAUCGACACAGAGGUGGCUCGUUGGGUGAAGUUGAAGCACCUCAUGUCCGAAACCCUCAUCGGGCACUCAGAUGCUACGGUCGUCCCUGCAUCAUACUUAUGCAAAUGGAUCCAGCAAAUGCGAGGUUCGGGGUUUCAAUUAGGAGAUAGCUCCUGGUCUGGGAAAUCCGUUUAUCUCUCCAUGUUCAAGCCGAUGGUCAGCGUCACCACAGCAAUCCCUCACUUUGAUUCUUUCUCUCCCUUUACUUUACUUACAGGUGAGAAGAUUGAUGUCAAAACAGAGUUCAUCGUUCAAGCCGUUCCUUUCAGUGUUUCCAAUGCGCCUCUUUUCAUGAACCAUUGGCUCGAGGGGACCGUCUGUGGCACUAUCGGAACGAACGGCAAGGUAGUUGUCUAUUUGAGCGACUUAAAAUACAUGGAAAAUAUGAUUGGUGGUCUUGUGUCGAAACGGUCUGAAGAGCUGUCACUAGGGAUGGUAGUAGGCCCCCUUACAAAGCUCAACGGCGAGGGUGAGCUACUUGUGAUCGUAGCACUCGAUUAUCUAUUGCCAAUACUAAAGCCAGCGUUGGUAAGAACCAUGCCUCCACUGAUGACAUCGGACUUUUACCUCCUGAACCUUCUCUCCCAGUACCGCUUUGCUGAUGAAACCAAUUCGCCAAUAGCGCCAGAUAAGGGGUAUAAUCCUGUAAAUUCUGUCAUCGGGGUUGUGGUUGUCACACCACAGGGUCGUUACUGGGGAUCAGCAGUGGUUAUCUCUUACAAAUUGAUUAUAACAAAUCAUCAUGUUUUGUACCCGGAAGGGUCCCAGAAGAGAUGCACCAUAAUUUUGGUGUGCCCUUACUCCUCGGAAGUGCUAGAGCUCCAGAAUAUAGAUGAUCUGAACACUUACUCGAUUGGGGGAAAUUCUGCAAGCUGUGAGAUAUCCACACCCUUGAUGGGAGUUGAUAUGAGUUUUAUCAGCCUAUCCACUGGCACUAGAUUCUUUCAGUGCGUUGAAACUGCUAGACUAUCCAAUUCUUUGGUGUCAUUUCGUGAGGGUGAUUCGGUAGAGUCGAUCGGAUACGGACUAUACUUUCCAUACAAGGCCGCAAACGGACUGAGAGAAGCCAUAAGCGAAAAAUUGAAUAGUUCCCAGCCAUUGGUGUCAAGAGGAAUUAUCUCAAAAAUUCAGUCGGUUCCCUUAUUUGAGGGAGAUGGAAAUCCUACGCCCUCCAUGAUGAUUGCCAGUGCAUCGUGCUGGAACGGUUCUUCCGGCGGAGGCAUCUUUCACUCACAAACUCGGCAAUUGUUGGGGAUUAUGGCAAAUAACGGAAAGGUGUUAGAAACCGGUGAAAUUCUUCCAAAGUUUUGCGUAGCAGUUCCCGUUGAUUUGAUCUUGGCAGGGAUUGAAAUAGGUGGUUUUGGAACUACUCAAGAUCUGAUGGUUAUAAGAAACGAGGCGAGGGGGAGGCGAGACUUUGGCCGUUCUCGUAAGGCUAAUCCGAGACUCCUCAAAUUAUGGCGCUUGGAGAAAAUUCACGAGGAGGUUCUGACUGAAAAUGGAAAGUUGUGA